AUGACAUCACUCAAGAAGAAGAGUAGGAGGAAGCCUUCUUCCCAGGCCCUGGGGAAUAUUGUUGGCUGCAGAAUUUCUCACGGGUGGAAGGAAGGUAAUGAGCCUGUCACCCAUUGGAAGGCCAUCAUUCUAGGUCAACUGCCAACAAACCCUUCUCUUUAUUUGGUGAAGUAUGACGGAAUUGACAGUGUCUACGGACAGGAGCUCCACAGCGAUGAGAGGAUUUUAAAUCUUAAGGUCUUGCCUCACAAAGUAGUUUUUCUUCAGGUGAGGGAUGUCCAUCUCGCCAGCGCCCUGGUUUGCAGAGAGGUACAACACAAAUUUGAGGGGAAAGAUGGCUCUGAGGACAACUGGAGUGGGAUGGUGCUAGCCCAGGUGCCAUUCUUACAGGACUAUUUUUACAUUUCCUACAAGAAGGAUCCGGUCCUCUACGUCUAUCAGCUCCUGGAUGACUACAAGGAAGGUAACCUCCACAUCAUUCCAGAGACCCCUCUGGCUGAGGCGAGAUCAGGUGAUGACAAUGACUUCUUAAUAGGUUCCUGGGUGCAGUACACCAGAGAUGAUGGAUCCAAAAAGUUCGGAAAGGUUGUUUACAAAGUUCUAGCCAAUUCUACUGUGUACUUUAUCAAAUUUCUUGGUGACCUACAUAUCUAUGUCUAUACUCUGGUGUCAAAUAUCACUUAA